AUGGCUGGUUCCUCAGGUGCUCUGAUUUGGCUGCAGAAGGUGCGACUCAGCGUUGAGAAGUCACAGGAAUGGGAAGCUUUCAUUCUGGCGCUGUCCGACGCUGUCCAGCAGCAGAUGGUUGAGAGCCACGUCAAUGCCUUGCAGGACCUCUCAGAGGCAGCAAAAGGUUUUGUCCUGGAGAAAGCAGUCAGCGCCAUCCAAGGAGGUGAUGCUUAUAAGGCCCUGAUGUCGCAGGUUAGUGGCUGCUUAGAGGAACAGAUUUAUUGCCAGAUCGCCCAGGAGAUUCAGGAUGGAGACCGGCGGGUGAAAAAUAAGCCAGCCCUGCUGCUCAAUCACCUCAAGGAUGGAGUGAUGACCUUGCUGGAGGAACGGCCGGAGCUGCGAGGGAGGCUUUGUUCUCUUUUUAACCAGCCCUUACCUGCCGAUUUGCGUCAUCUCACCUGGAAGAUUUACCUCUCUAACACAAAGGCAAGGUUAGGUUAUCUCUCCCAUUUGGCAGCAAACAGAGCCACUUCCCGGAAGGACAGAGAGAUCUCUCUGAGGUGCCAAGCCCUGCUGGAUUCGGAGCCGACGUUCCAGUCCUUAAAAAACCACAAGCUUGCCACACAGUGCCUGAGGAAUGUGCUUUCUUAUUACCACAAGCUUCAGGGCACCUCCACACCUCUGCGAGACCAAGAUUAUUUCCUGCCCGUGCCUCUCUUGCAAGUUAUUCUGGAUUUGGGCUCUUCCACCAGCUCUGUGGAGUCUGUUUCUGCCCUCCUAGUUGAAGAAUUUAUGUCUCUCAAGAAGCUGCAUCCUCAACUUGUUAGACUCUCCGUCUCCAACCAGGAUGCUUCCCGGGUCAGCGUAGUGGAAGAAGUUGCCUCCCUGCUGGAGCAGACAGACAGAGAUCUGGCAAGGUUCCUGGAGAGCGUUUAUGCACAACCAGGCUACUUAAACAUGGAUACUCUGUUGUACAUCUGGGACCAGAUUAUCCUGGGAUUGCAGCAGCCGUCAUACAACUGUCUCCCUGUGUUCACCACCAUUUUUGUCCUUCUGCUCCGUGGCCGGCUACUCACGUGUCAAUCCCCAGUGGAAUUGGAAGCAACACUGAAAACCUGGGGACCGUCUCUGCUUGUGCAAGAGUUCCAAGACAUGAUGGGGAAACACUUCUUUGAAGAUUUGUACAGCCAGUUGCUUGGAGGAAACAAGGAACCCGCCCCGAUCCAUGACCCUACCCAAACUUUUCCUCCGUGGCGCUACAGAGGUUUCCAAGCGGUACCACCUCCAAGGACAAGGCCAGAAGACAGGAGGCAAGCAAGAGAGGAGCGCCAGUUGUUGGAAGAGCAACGCCUUGAGAGGGCAGAACAGGAACAGAGACUUCAAAGGUUCAGAGCGGAAGAACAGAAGAGGCAACAAGAGAUGAGAUUCCUGCAGCUUUUAGAGGAGAAUAAGAGAAAAUUUGAAAUGCAGAAGGUCCAUUUGGAAGAUCAGCUGUCCCAGGAGAGACAGGUCCGCUAUGAAAUGCAGAUGAAGGCAGAGGAGCAGAUAAGCAGGCUGCAGGCUGAAAUGCACAGACUUGCUGUGGACAGGAAGAUGCCUUCACCUGACACCUAUUCCGCUGGAAGUCUCCUCGCCCCUGCACCUUCCCUGCAGUCCCAGACGCCAUCUCAGACUUCCCUGCCUCAUUUUUGCCUGUCAGACACAGUUGCUGCACGUCAGAAACACAAAACCGCCGAUGGAGACACCAUUGCCUUCAAACUGCUGAAGCACAUGAUGGAGGCAACCAGCUCAAUUGUUAAUGGUUCGAGCACCGAGGAAAGGGAACGCUUGGAUGCAGCCACAAGGGAGCAUAUUCGGGACUACAAUGAAGAUUACAAGAAUGCAAAGAUUGAGAUGUUUGGUUAUGAAAUCAGCGAAGAUGAAAUAAACAACAUCCCAGAAGCCAGAAGGAAAGACGUGAGAAACAAACUAGAGCAGGCACUCCGACGAGGGGCAGAAGCUCGUUACAUGGCAGCCAGAGGAAGGGGCUUACCGGCGUUUAUUACCCACAUGGAUGUGUUGUGAUUGGUGUGCCUUUGUUACACAAGCAAAGCCUUUGGAAUCCAUAAACCUGGUUAAUAAUCUGCUA